AGGUCCUGACUGACUGAAAGAUAUGGCGGAAGAAGAGGAUGGGUUACCAGAGGAGAGGUUAUUGUUUCUCCCCGAUCGUCAUGUGCGAUAUUUUCAACGCAGCCUGCAAGCCCUUCCCGAGCAGUGCGCCUCCUUAGAGACCAGCAGGUUGACGAUUGCAUUUUUUGCGCUGUCUGGUCUUGACAUGCUAGAUUCCUUGCACGUGCUGAACAAGGCAGAGAUUAUUGAAUGGAUAUAUUCCCUUCAGGUCCUUCCAACUGAAGACAAGUCCAAUUUAACUCAUUGUGGAUUCCGUGGCUCAUCCUGUUUGGGGUUGCCCUUUAAUCCCUCUAAGGGUCAUGGAUUGUAUCACCCGUAUGACAGUGGUCACAUAGCGAUGACUUACACGGCUCUGUGCAGUUUGCUCAUACUUGGGGAUGAUUUGGGCCGUGUAAAUAAAGAAGCCUGUCUAGCGGGACUGCGAGCUCUCCAGCUUCCUGAUGGGAGCUUCUGUGCUGUCCCCGAGGGAAGUGAGAAUGACAUGAGGUUUGUGUAUUGUGCAUCCUGUAUCUGUUAUAUUCUUGAUGACUGGUCAGGAAUGGACAUGGAAAAGUCUAUUGAUUAUAUUAGGAAGAGUAUGUCUUAUGAAAAUGCGUUGGGUCAGGGAGCAGGAUUAGAAGCCCAUGGUGGCUCUACGUUUUGUGGCAUUGCUUCCCUCUGUCUGAUGGGGAAGCUUGAAGAAGUAUUCUCAGAGAAGGAACUGAACAGAAUAAGAAGAUGGUGCAUAAUGAGACAACAAAGUGGCUUCCAUGGUCGACCCAACAAACCUGUGGACACUUGUUACUCGUUUUGGGUUGGAGCAACUUUAACGCUACUAGACAUCUUCAAAUAUACUAACUUGGAGAAAAACAGAAAUUUUAUAUUGUCCACCCAGGAUCGUCUUGUUGGAGGAUUUGCAAAAUGGCCAGAUAGCCACCCAGAUGCCUUGCAUGCCUAUUUUGGGAUCUGUGGUCUAUCCUUGAUGGGGGAACAGGGCAUCAGUAAAGUACAUCCAGCUCUGAAUGUAAGUCUAACUACAUUUAAACGUCUACAGCAGCUCCACGAGUCUUGGAAAGCAAAGGACUGCCUAAAGAGUUCAGAUGAUCAUCACAUCACCACGUGACUGACUUACAGCCACAUUGCGUUAAGUUGCAGAAUUGUAGCCUCACUUUUAAAGCCAUGUAUUAACCAAGUGUGCUUUUUGUCUACUGGAGUCAUUUGAUCAAAAUGUUUCUGUCACCGCUCUGUUUGACAGCUGUGGCCAUUUCUCUUGUACCUCAAUAAAAGUAUGUUUUAUA